AUGGUUUGUGCGAAGGAGAAAUGCAAAAGGCUCAGUUUCGAGUGGACGUCAACAUUUCACUUGGCGGAGAUGAUACCGGUAAUAGAGGUUGUUCGAACUGAGAUCAAAAAUUUAAAUAGCUUAUGCAUGGUGUAUACAGCUGUCAACAGUGAACUAGGUCGGCAGUACGAAAUUCUUAGAGCUGGAGGCACAGUACUGAAUGAAACACGUACUGUUGACCACUAUGGCAAUACAAUAGCAAUAGAAAAAGAAAUUGAAAUGGAUUACCGUUUUAUGCCGGAACCGAACCUUCCUCCUGAUUAA